UAGCUGGUAGUCUAAGAAGCAGGUUGAGCGAAAUGGGACGCAGCCUUGCGGCGCCAAGUAUUUGAAAACAUUCGGUCCAGUUAAAUCCUUUCUGGUAGCAAUGGGUGUUCAGGAUUUGUGGUCUAUCGUCGAACCGGUUCGCGAGUCGGUGUCGCUGUAUAGUUUGUGCGGAAAAACGCUGGCAGUUGACCUAAGUUUAUGGGUGUGCGAGGCCCAACACGUCCAAGCGAUGAUGGGGAGAGUCACCAAACCCCAUUUGAGGAAUUUAUUUUUCAGGGUGUCAUCCCUUACGUUAAUGGGGAUAAAGCUCGUUUUUGUUGUGGAAGGAGAGGCACCAAAGAUUAAAGCAGAAACGAUGAAUAAAAGGACUGAAGCCAGAUUUGGUUUGAAAAAGACUCCCAAGUGCACAACAAGCACCAGCAGGGGGCGCUUUAAAGCAGUACUUAGAGAGUGUACAGAAAUGCUGGAUUACCUGGGUGUGCCAUGGGUGACAGCUGCCGGGGAGGCAGAGGCCAUGUGUGCCUUCCUGGACUCUCAGGGUCUGGUGGACGGUUGCAUCACCAGUGAUGGAGAUGUAUUUCUUUAUGGAGCCCAGACUGUCUACAGGAACUUCAACAUGAACACUAAAGACCCUCAGGUGGACUGUUACAGAACCUCAAAAGUGCAGACAGAGCUGCAUCUGUGCAGAGACAAUCUUGUUGGCCUGGCCAUUCUACUUGGCUGCGAUUACAUUCCUAAGGGUGUGGCAGGGGUUGGUAAGGAGCAAGCUUUGAAGCUCAUCCAGAGUCUUAAUGGGAAAACACUUCUGCAGAGGUUCAGGCAGUGGGCGGAGGAUGAUGCAGGCGUGUACGAGUUAGUUGUGAAGAAGGUUCCUCAUUGCCACGUAUGUCGUCAUCCUGGGUCGGCAAAGGCACACGAGCGCAGCGGCUGCGAGUUUUGUGCCAGUAAUCGAUUCUGUCUUCCUCAAGACUUUGAUUAUCAGUGUCCGUGUGACUGGCAUGAGAAUGAACAGACUCGCCAGGCCUUGUCUGUUGAGGCAAACAUCAGGAAGAAAACGCUGGCAAGCCCGCAGUUUCCAUUUACAGAGAUCAUACGUGAAUUUCUGAUUUCUAAAGAUAAGAUUGUCUCCCGCUUCACGAGGAGACAGCCGAAUAUGCUCUUGUUGCAGAAAUUUGCCUUUGACAAGAUGGAGUGGCCGAAGCACUACACGAGUGAAAAGGUGUUAGUCUUGAUGACCUACACAGAGUUGAUUAACAGAAAAUACAGAAGAGAGAUGGCCUUACAAAUCAAGCCCCUCAGAAUAUUGAAGCCAAGAGUGAGGAAUGGAGUCGCUUGCUUUGAAGUCGCCUGGAGCACACCAAAACAUUAUGAAUUUCCUGAGGGUCAGCCUGCAGAGAAUUGGCAUGAAGUCAAGACUGUGGAGGAAGAGUCUCUGUUCUGUGUGGCUUACCCAGAGUUGGUGGAUCGCUACCUGAGGGACAAAGCUCUGAUUGAGGAGAGCAAGACCAAGAAGAAGAAACCAAAGAGGAACAAGGAGAAGACAUCUGAUGUCUCUGAUGGCAUUUCUGACCUCCUGGCUCAGAUGACUCUUCAAAGUUCAAUGUCUGCAAACAGUAACAGUCAACCACAGAUGCUGCUCUGUAACAUUUCAAACGUAGGUGAACCAGACGUGGUUGUUCUGAGCACUCCGGUUCACAGUCAGCAUCAUCUGGCUGCCGAAGAAGACCGUAGUGAUUUGGUUGAUUGCCCCAAUGCUCCUUUGUCUAAAACAGGAUCCGAUGUUGUCGAUUCACCAUCUGUCUCUGCUGCUAUUGAUGCUCUGCACCUGAGUGACAUUGACUGGGAGGCUUUCUCUUUCACAUCGUCCCCACCUCCACAAGCAGUUACGAACAACUCCACAGAAACCGGAGGAGCUCGAGACAGUGCCGUGCGGAAUGUCUCAGGUGAUGCCAAACAAGCAGAAUCCAAAGCUGCUCCAGAACAUCUAAAGGAACGUGUACUCUUGAAGGAACUAGCUAAAGCAAAUAUGAAGCAACUGGCGGUACAUUGUGAUGCCUCAACACAUCUAAAGAAUGGCUUCGGCUCUUAUAACCCAGAUGGUGAUAAGUUGAAGGAACUUUCUGGCCAUCAAAAAAAGCCACUCAAGGACAAAAGCCAGUGUGGAGCAAAUGCAGUAGAGGCGGAAAAUGGUUCAAAAGAGUUGUUAGUGGCCAACGCGCAUGUUCCAAGCAAGGCUGAAUACAGAUGUAAUAACACCCAAAAACCACAUAAGCAAUAUAAAUUUGUCAAAGCAGCCAUUUCAUUAAAUAAGCCAGAAACAUGGCACUCUGACAAGGACAAGAAUGUGCUUUACACCUCCAAAAAGAGCGUGUGCAUCCGUGUGUGUUCAUCCAGCGAGGACAGCGAUGUAGAAAACCAGCAGAUUGGGCCUGAAAGGAGGCCAAAAGUGAAGUCCCUCAGCAAGCUCAAACAAGGAGGCCUUUCGGAGUACUCCCUGAAUCACGUGUCCGGAUUUAAAACAACCAAAGCAAAGCCUAACACGGCUCAGAGAGUUCGGCUGUUUGGGACUGAAUGUCAGAGCCACGGGAUAGAUACGGGAAUUAGAGGCAUUCCCGAAUCAACAGACACUAGCUGCAGGGAUAUCCCGCCUGCUGUUUCAGCAUCACCUGUCGCCGAGGCAGAGCGUGAUUGUUCAGUGGCCUGCAGUGAUAGCCCGCUACCGCUAGCUGAGAGACUGCGGCUAAAAUUCCUUAAGUGAGGAGCAGUGUGGUCGCACAACGAAGGCUAAAACGCAUAAAGCUUU